UGCUGUCCUACAAGAUCGAAGAGCUGGGGGAAGAUCUCAAGGCCCAUUACAAAAUAGACGAAUUCUCCUCUCUGGUGGUGCCUGCGCAGGAGCCUGUGACCGUCUUGGGCCAGAUUGCGUGCGAUUCAAAUGGGAAACUGAACCCCCAAUCCAUCAUCCUAGAAGGGGACCGCGAACACUCGUCGGGGGCUUUCAUCCCCGUCGACAUUUCUGAGCUCACGGAUUAUUCACUGUUUCCAGGACAGGUUGUAGUCAUGGAAGGAAUGAACAGCACUGGCAAGAAGUUGGUUGCAUCCAAACUCUAUGAGGGAGUGCCUCUUCCUUUCCAGAAGCCCACAGAAGCAGCCACAGAUCCGGAACCUCGGCUGGUCUUGGUUGCCUGUGGGCCCUACACCACCUCGGACAGCAUCGCCUAUGAGCCCAUGGUGGACCUGAUUGAGAUCAUCAAUAAGGACAAGCCGGACGUUUGCAUUUUGCUCGGUCCCUUCGUUGAUUCAAAGCACAAACAAGUCGAGGAAGGGCAGUUGAUCAUGUUGUACGAUGAGGUCUUCAAGAGGUGUUUGAAGACUAUCAUUGAAGGCACAAGGAGUGCCGGCUCCCACCUUGUGGUUGUGCCUUCAUUGAGGGACGUACACCAUGUGUGCAUAUAUCCCCAACCACCUUUCGUCUGUGAACUCGCCAAAGAAGACCGACAGCGAGUGCUCUUCGUCCCCGAUCCCUGCACCUUAGAGAUCGACGGGGUGAUUUUCGGCUUAACCUCGGUGGAUUUGCUCUUUCACAUGGGAGCGGAAGAAAUCAGCCGCUCUUCCAAUCUUCAGGAUCGUUUUUCCCGAAUUCUCAAACACAUCCUGACUCAGCGGAGGUAAGCCACUUUGGAACGUGGUUUGUGUUUUGUUCUAGAAUUUGCCGCCUGCCACGAAAACAGACACACCCCAACUGCAGUUUGUGUCCAUGCUGGGCCCAGGGGAGGAUUGGGAUUUAAAGGGAGGCUUUCUGCCUCCUCAAACAAUGUAUGGGACAAAGGGAGAUUCUAGUCCUCAUGGUUAUGAAUAGAGCAUUGGUUCAUUAUAUUUAAAAAAAAAUCUAUGCUCAAUUAGCUGUAGCUUGGUGAAGUUUCAAACGUGGCUUUUCAGGAAAUGGGCCGAGAAAAGAACUAAAUCUUCAGACAUACAAAAAAGCUUCAUAGGAUUGA